AGAAUUCAGAACGCCGUGUCAGUGACGUCAUUAUUAUGCGACGGCAACAGCGACAUCAUCAGUCUACUGCACGUUGAUUGUUUUGUGAUCCAACAGCGGUGCACAGUUUUCAAAGAUCAUCAGUGUUUUCAUUAAUUUGACUGAAGAGAAAUGUCCGUCACAGAGAUGUUCGGUUACAUCCAGGGCUUUCUGGACGUGGACCAAGAAAUCAGAGAGGAUAUCCGUAAAGUGGUUCAAACGCUGGAGCAGACGGCCAGAGAAAUCCUGACUGUGCUCCAGAGCGUCCACCAACCAUCAGGCUUCAAAGAAAUUCCCAGUAAAUGUGUACGAUCACGUGAUCUGUUCUGCAAGGUCAGGGCACAGAUCGCUGACCUAAAAACCAAAUUCCCCUCAGAGCAGUAUUACAGGUUUCAUGAACACUGGCGGUUUGUCCUGCAGCGUCUUGUUUUCUUAGCUGCCUUUGUGGUUUACCUGGAGACUGAAGCUCUGGUGACGCGGGAGGAUGUGGCUAAGAUUCUGGGCAUUGAGGUGGUGCGAGAGAAAGGCUUUCACAUGGAUAUAGAAGAUUACCUGGCAGGAGUCCUGAUCAUGGCCAGUGAACUGUCACGACUGGCCGUCAACAGUGUCACCGCUGGAGACUACGACCGCCCACUCCGCAUCUCCAACUUCAUCAACGAGCUGGAUUCGGGCUUCCGCCUACUCAACCUCAAGAAUGACUCUCUGCGAAAGCGAUACGAUGGUCUGAAGUACGACGUGAAGAAAAUCGAGGAGGUGGUUUAUGACCUGUCCAUCAGAGGCCUGGCCAAGGAGGCGGAGUCUGUAGGGAGCAAGUAGACGUGGAAGCAGCUGUGGGAGACGGAGAGGGACCUUAACCCACCCAGGAUGUGGAGACCCAGGAACCUGACUGAGGUUUGACUGGGGGAUGAAGAUGAGCUGUGUGAGUGUUUGUGCAAAUGUCUGCAUGUGAGGUGGUUUAAAAGAACUGAAGUCUUUGAGGAAGAAAAGGUUUGAGAUCAAACGCAUCAUUCAGAGGUUUGAAAAUGGAGGUUUGGUGGAUUUUUGGAAAAUGUGUCAUUUCAGCUUCAUCUGAUGCAACUGUUAUUUUCCCCUGUGAUUUUCCAGCUGCUGCUUAUUUUGCAACAGUCUAUUUCCUUUUGUUGAAUUGUACUAAAGGAGUUUGAUUCGUUCCACAGGACAAAACAGAAGGUCAAUACUGCUGUGCAGAGACUUGGAGUUGAUUUUCAAAUAAAAUUAAUAAAAAGAAAA